UGAACGAAAACACUGAUACCAUCAACACGCCCCCUUCUCAUAUUCUCAUACUGUAUAUCAUACCAUGGCACUAGAAGGAGGUAACUUGUCGGCGGUGCUCAGAAGAAAAGGGGAGCUCGUGCUUGAGGACACACCGAUACCUAAACCGGGAAAGAAUGAGGUCCAGAUUCGUAUGCAGCGAGUGGGAAUCUGUGGAUCUGAUGUCCACUACUUGCAACAUGGGCGUAUCGGUCACUUCAUUGUGGAAGCUCCAAUGAUCUUGGGUCAUGAAUCCAGUGGUAUUGUUUCAGAAGUUGGCGAAGGUGUCGAGCACUUAAGAGUUGGUGACCGAGUGGCCAUUGAACCAGGGGUGCCCUGUCGUAUGUGUUCAUUUUGUAAAGACGGACGGUAUCAUCUGUGUCCAGAUGUCAUAUUCUGCGCCACGCCUCCAUACCAUGGAUCUCUGAGACGCUACUAUACACAUGCAGCAGACUUCUGCUUCAAGCUACCGGACCAUGUAAGUCUUGAGGAAGCUGCUCUCUUGGAACCUCUUUCUGUCGGAGUCCAUGCAUGUAAACGUGCUGGUAUCACUCUUGGUCAGACAGUCCUCAUAUGUGGUGCAGGCCCAAUUGGACUAGUAUCAAUGCUGUCGGCCAAAGCAAUGGGGGCUGCUGAAGUUGUGAUGACAGAUCUCGAUGAGAAGCGUCUAGCAAAAGCUAGAGAGAUGGGGGCCACAUACACAGUCAAAGUCGAUAGUAAAGACCCAAAGAUUGUAGCAAAAAACGUAGAGGGAGCGCUCGGUGGAAUGCCGGACGUGACGAUCGAAUGCAGUGGUGCGGAACCAAGUGUCCAGAUGGCAUUUUAUGGUACAAAAUCCGGAGGUGUUGUCGUUUUAGUUGGCCUAGGCCCUAAUGAAAUGGCCACCCUUCCGAUAGUGAAUGCCGCAUUGCGAGAGGUUGACAUCCGUGGUGUGUUCAGAUAUUGUAACGAGUAAGUAGAACUACUAUUGUACUACCAUGAUGUAAAAUAAGCACACGUAUUGCUAAACACGUUUUUGUUUCUAAUUCUCUUUAUUGUUUUUUUUUCACACAAUUGAAAUAAAUUAUACAAUAUACAGUAAUGGGAAAAUGGUAAAGUAUUAUUAUUAUUUUAAAUAACAGACAGCAAUAAUUACUAAAUAAGGUAUAAAGUAUUGGUGUGAAAGGAAGUCAUAAUAAGUUAUAAAACCUUUAAGGCACGAC